GUUACAACGCGUAUGUUUGGUUCUGAACACUCAAAUCCGAUAUGGUCAAAAUCACCCACUUGAUAUUUGAUGUUGAUGGACUUAUUUUGGAUACAGAAUCUGUAUACACUGAAUUCACGUCAAAGUUCUUACAACCGUACAAUUUAAAAUUUGACUAUGGCAUCAAAAAGUUGUUGAUGGGAAGAAAACCACAAGAAGCUGCUGAGAUACUCAUAAAGGAAUGUAACCUACCCAUAAGUGCUGAUGAAUUUGUUGAAAAACAGUCUAAUUACAUUACUCCAGAGAGAUGGAAGUCUGUUAAGUGCUUACCAGGUGCAGAAAAAGUUAUUAAUCAUCUCGCUUCAUAUAACUUUCCUAUGGCACUAGCUACUGGUUGUUGCAGUUAUGAACUUGAUCAAAAAAUGACCAACCACCAAGGGAUUAUGUCUAAAAUGUCUCAUACUGUUUGUUCUGGCGAUGAUUACACUAUUAAAAGUGGCAAACCUAAGCCAGAUAUCUUUUUGGCUGCUGCCAACAGGUUUCAAACUCCUCCAGCUCACUUAGAUGAAGUUCUAGUAUUUGAAGAUUCUCCGAAUGGAGUCGAGGCUGCACUGUCAGCCGGAAUGCAUGUUGUUUGGAUUCCUGACCCAAGAGAACCACCUGGGAUUUCUUUGAAGUCAAUUUCACCCUCUGAUGUCUCACGUGUAACUAGGCUGAAUAGUUUGUGUGAAUUUAAACCGGAACAAUUCGGUCUCCCCGCAUUCGAAGAUUCUUUGUAG